AACAUAGAUUCUAGGCAACUCUCGUCAGCUUCCGCGAGAUCAUGGAGGCACUACCACAUAAUAUAGCGCUAAGCUCAAAAUUUCUUCCGUUUCGCUUCUUACUCAUGACAAUAACAUUAUGGCUUCUUACUAAUCAAUGUAGAAAAUGUUGAACACCAUUGCGCUGAAUGUCCACUUCAGCUUGGAUAGCGUUAUACUUAUUUAUAUAGUAUUAUUACGAUUUAGUGCAGUACUCACGGAUGAAUUCCCUUCUAAUAUUCCACAAGCAAACGUUAUACUCCUGACUAGCAGCAACCCUGUUAAAAACCUACAAUCACCAAACUAUCCAAAAGCAUAUUCCAGCAGGUCCAGUACCUCCUAUUGGAUAUCUGGCGGAGGGAGUCCCAUACGGAUACGUUCGAAACAAUUUUCUCUUAAUCCAGCGAACAAAGGCCAGUGCGAUGCCGAUAGGCUUACUUUCUGGGAUGCUAAGUAUCCGUAUUUCUCUCUGGGCACCUUUUGUGGCGCAGUAACGCUGGAUGUUUUGUCGUACAGUGAUAAUGUGGCGGUUGCAUUUACUGCAAACAGUCCAAGAGAUUAUUCUGGCUUCGAUUUGGAGGUCUCUAGAUCUCAAUGCGGAAAAGCGGAUUUCCUAUGUCCCUCAAAAAAGGACAAAUGUAUUCCCAGUGACGCUGUCUGCAACGGUGUGGCAGAUUGUCCACAAAAGGAAGACGAAAUUUGCUCGCUAGACUGUGGAAUACCCCAAACUCCAAUAGGUCCAGUACAGCAGGCUAAUAACGAUCGCAUCAUUGGUGGUACGCAGGUGAAGAGUCGGUCAUGGCCAUGGCAAGUUCGGAUGCAGUUUAAACAAUUCAUAUGCGGGGGAUCUCUCGUGGCUCCCCAAUGGAUUGUGUCAGCCGCACACUGUUGCUUCGAGGAUAAAGAGAAAUACCGGCCAGAAGAUAUCACAGUGCAGUUAAAACCUGAAUUAUGCGGUUCUUCGCAAAGCAUACGAGUCGAGGUUAAAGAAGUCAUCCCACAUCCUGAUUAUAAAGGGGAGCCCGCCAACGAAUAUGAUUACUGUCUUCUCGUUUUGAAAGCGCCCAUUCAGUUCUCGGAUGACCUUAAGCCGGUCUGUUUGCCUCGAGCAAACGACAUCGCUCAGAUCAGUCAGGGAUGCUUUACAGCCGGGUGCGGCUCUACAUUGCAGUACAACGCCGACGUUUCGAAACCACCUUCACAAAUAUCCAAGCUGUUGUUGCAAAUUCCGUUGUCGAUUGUGGAAAAAUCUACAUGUUCAAGGAGCAUCGCAAUAUCACCAGAGACCAUCUGCGCUUACACUCCCGGGAAAGACUCAUGCCAAGGAGAUAGUGGUGGUCCACUGAUCUGUCCACGGCAGGACAAUCCAAACAGCACUCAGUGGGUGCUGCACGGCGUUACUUCGGUUGGAUUGGGUUGCGCGGACGCUACAGGCGUUUAUCCUGGAGUGUACGCAAGAAUGCGUAUGAUGCUUCCAUUCAUAGCCACUGUUGUAUACGAGAAGAACAGGACCGGGUGGUUAGACAAUACGACUAUCGGCAUUGUGGAAGCCCUCCCGAGCUACGACGAGGAUGUUCAAAGAACUCUAGAGCUAGCCGAAGGCUGUUCGACUAAUUUGCGUAUUAAUGCUGCCAUUAUUUUUAUGACUUCGAUUUCGGUAUUUGGUUGGUGUGCAAAACCUUGGUAACCUUUGUCCAGUUGUUAAAUGCUGCUUUCUCAGUGCAACAUUGAAGCGUAAACACGCUUUCACAGUUGUGCAUAAUGGACUUUGAUACGAAUCAUACGAUUAAGCAACUUUUGUACGGUCACCCUUUACUUCCUUUACCGCAACAUAA